GUGAAAGUAAAAGAGUGGGACAGACAAAGCUUCCUGUUUCAUUUACUAAGUAUUUGCACGUGUCAGAAAGUACGUGGGCGUCGUAAAAAGACCUUCAGCUCAUGUUCUUCUUCACUAACCGACCUCGUGCACUUCUUUUUCUCCUGAUCAUACAAAGAUACUCUUAUAUAUUAAAUCUCAUCAGUCAUUUCAUAGCAAUUUCUUACAUAUAUUCGGAUAAUAAGGACGGAUUAUUCCAGAGUGGAAGAUAGAAAAAGGAUGUUGAUCAGCAGUUAACACUGCCAGUGGGUUAGAGUUUAGCCUACAUUCUUGAGAAAGAACAACAAACCGAUAUUUCAGUCGGUAGAGAAAUUUUUGAAAAGAUCUACAAAAGAGAAUAUUUCAUAGGAAAUAUGAAUAACUCACCAACAUAACUGAAUCUUCAGCUGGAAUUUUUCAAGUGCGAUAUGAAUUCUUAACAUUAAUUUGAAUUUUUUUUCACUGAAAACGCAGUGACUCAUCUUAUUAAAUACAUGUAUUACAUGGAAUAUAAAUAAUCAAUUUCAAUUUCGUCCGCAAUUAUCAGCACAUUUCUAAACACAGUUACACCAUUUUGCAUUCAAAUAUUUCUCAUAGAAACCAAAUAAAAAGCAAUUAAGAAAAGCAAGAAAAGAAAAUUUUAGAGUUAAAAUUGAUAAUAUUUUCAAUUAAUUCUGUUGAAUGAACGCAUUAUGGAACGUAUUGAAAUGAAUCAUUUGAAUAUACCGAGCCCACAUUCGGACGAGAAUGGUGAUGGAAAUAGCAACACUUUGUAUGGAAGUACAAUGACGCUGGGCGCAAGCUCUCCGGGAGUUGGCGCAUCCACAGCGAAUUUACUUAAGAUUGAUUUGGAGAAAAAAAUCGAUCGACAUACGGGUGAAGAAAGAGAAACCUGGGAUAAUCGUGUCCAGUUCAUUCUCUCAUUGGCUGGUUUUGCUGUAGGACUCGGAAAUGUUUGGCGUUUCCCAUAUUUGACUCAGAAAAAUGGAGGAGGAGCAUUUCUUAUACCAUACGCAGUAAUGCUGUUUGUGGAAGGAAUUCCUAUAUUCUAUUUGGAAUUAGCUCUAGGUCAAAGAUUACGCAAAGGAGCUAUCGGUUGCUGGAAUCAAGUAUCACCUUAUUUAGGUGGUCUUGGUAUAGCUGCCGCCGUUGUUUCCUUCAACGUGGCUCUCUAUUACAACACAAUCAUGGCAUGGUGCAUGUACUAUCUAGUGGAAAGUUUUCAGAGCCCUCUACCUUGGUCUUCCUGUCCAUCUGAAACAGUGGGUAAUAUUACGACAUAUAACCAGGAAUGUGAAAAAAGUGGUUCGACAACCUACUUCUGGUUUCGUGUCGCUCUCAACAGUGCUCCGUCGAUCGAUACAGCACCUAUAAUAAGCUGGAAGAUAUCGGCCGCAUUAGUAUGCGCUUGGUUAUUGGUUUUCUGUUGUAUGAUCAAAGGCAUCAAAUCUUCUGGAAAGGUUGUCUAUGUUACAGCAACUUUCCCAUAUUUUGUCCUGGUCAUUUUUUUCUUUCGCGGAGUAACUCUACAUGGAUUUGAGGAAGGUGUAAAAUACUUAUUCAUUCCAAAGUGGGACAAGUUAUUCGAACCUGCUGUUUGGUUAGAUGCAGCAACUCAAAUAUUCUAUUCAUUUGGCUUAGCAUUCGGAUGCUUGGUAGCUUUGGCUUCAUAUAAUCCAGUCCGCAGUAACUUUCUUAGUGAAGCUCUUAUGGUCAGUAUCGGCGACUUCUUCACUUCCUUAUUGACUGCCACAGUGGUUUUCUCAGUUCUCGGUUUCAAAGCAACAAUGGCAUACGAGAAAUGCCUUGAGAAAUUUGGCAGCACAAAUCACACAAAGAAUCCUAACACCACAGUAGAAAAGGAAUGUGAUUUUGAAAAGCUAAUGACAGAGUCAGCCUCCGGGACCGGACUAGCAUUCAUUGCCUUCACAGAAGCAAUCGAUCAGUUUCCUGUUGCCCCAUUGUGGGCCGUUCUCUUCUUCCUCAUGCUGCUCACACUUGGAUUGGACACAAUGUUUGGUACUCUUGAAGGUGCCAUUACAUCUAUAAAUGAUAUGUUAUUGUUUCCUGCAAUCAGAAAAGAAGUUGUUUGUGGCGUUGUAUGUUUCGUGUCAAUGUUAAUAUCAUUUUGCUUUGCAACGUCAACUGGUCCAUAUGUUUUUGACCUGUUCGACAUGUAUUGUGCAAAUAUCCCUCUUCUAGUCAUUGCCUUCCUUGAAGUAAUCGCAGUUUCAUACAUAUACGGACUGAAACAGUUUAGUGAUGACGUAGAAAUGAUGGUUGGAAUACGUCCCAGUUACUUUUGGAUGUUUAUGUGGCGUUAUCUAGCACCUCUAGUUAUGAUAGUCAUUUUCGUUGCUAGUUUGUUCGAAAUUUUAGAGAAUGGAUCUUAUUAUAUGGCAUGGGAUGCAGCAAAGGGUCACACUGUGAUGCAGCCCCGGCCAUGGUGGGCGCAAUUCAUAGCUGCACUUCUGAUCCUCUCCUCGGUGGCAUGGAUUCCAUUUAUAGCCAUUACACGUUACUUCAACUUAGUUAAAUGGGAACCUGAGACGCCAGCUUUCUUUCCAGCCGAAGAACUACGGGAAGAACGAAACAUCAAGCCUCAUCAAGCUACAUUUGUUGAAAAAUAUUUCUUUGGAUUUAAAGGCUGAACAGCAAUGCACCUUUAACAAACGCGUGUAUGUACAGACUGUGCAUACACACAUGUAUGUAAAUAUAUACACACAUAUAAAAUCACAUAUACAUAAAUAAUCUUGUAUACA